GUGCAUUGACACAGUCACACAGGUGGAAAAUAGAAAGAGUAGGACACCUUAAAUGUCCUCUUGGUCAUUAUAAAAUGCAGCAGAAUUGAUCAGCACUAUAUACAUCUUACAUUAUUCCCAUGCAUGCACAUCCCUCUUCUACCAAGAACGAGCUCUAAUCUACCAACCAUGGCUGGCUAUGGAAGCAACAAAAACAAUUAUCUCAAGCUUAUUUACCAUUAUCUAAUCUCAAAUACCAUAUACAUACUCUUCAUCUUUCCACUUGUAGCUUUAAUUACAAAUCAACAUAUUAUUGCUCAUAAACUAUGGCAUAAUCUACUACAGCUAAUUAAUUCCAACUUACCAGUACAUCUUAUCUUGUUACUCAUAUUUCUAGCUACAGUUACGUUCUUCAUGAGCCGCCCUAGAGAAGUAUACUUAGUUGAUUUCGCAUGUUGUAAACCAAACCCUUGUUAUAGAACUAGCAAGGUGACAUGCAUGGAUGUAACAUCCCAAAAUAAGACGUUCACUCAAGAGAACAUUGAGUUUCAAAGAAAGUUGUUUGAGAGGUCAGGUGUAGGAGAUGAGACGUACUUGCCGCCGUCUGUGAUCGACGUCCCUCCGAAACCGACGAUCGACGAGGCGAGGAAGGAGGCAGAGAGCUUGAUAUUUUUAGCCAUAGAUGAAUUGCUUGCUAAGACGAAGGAGGUUGUGUUGCCACAAGAUGUUGGGAUAGUUAUAGUGAAUUGUAGUGUGUUUACACCUUUCCCUUCGUUGUGUGCCACGAUUGUGAACCGUUAUAAGCUUAAGGAGGAUGUUAUCACCUAUAAUCUUGGUGGUAUGGGAUGUAGUGCUGGCCUUAUUUCAGUAGAUCUUGCUAAACAUCUCUUGCAGGUGCAUCCCAAUUCAUACGCCUUGAUUGUCAGCGUGGAGAGCUUAACACAAAAUUGGUAUUGCGGCAACAAUCGUUCAAUGCUAAUCUCAAACUGUCUUUUUCGUAUGGGUGGUGCAGCAAUUCUCCUCUCAAACAGGCUUAGCGAUCGCCAUCGAUCAAAGUAUCAACUAGUACAUGUUGUCCGCACCCACAAUGGUGCAGAUGACAAGAGUUAUACAAGUGCAUACCAGCAAGAGGAUGAAACUGGACGCCGCGGUCUCGCCCUUUCGAAAGACUUAAUGGCAGUGGCAGGGGAAGCUUUGAAGACAAAUAUCACAACUCUCGGACCUUUAGUUCUUCCCUUAUCAGAGCAAUUUCUUUUUCUAGUUGUGUUAAUCGCAAAGAAGGUGUUUCGUAUGCGUAAAAUUAAGUCAUAUCUACCGGAUUUCAAGUUAGCGUUCGAGCAUUUUUGUAUUCAUGCCGGAGGAAGAGCAGUGCUGGAUGAGCUAGAGAAGAAGCUUGAGCUUUCUCAAUGGAAUAUGGAGCCAUCUAGGAUGACUCUUUAUAGGUAUGGAAAUACAUCUAGUAGUUCGUUAUGGUACGAACUUGCUUAUCUUGAGGCUAAAGGGCGCAUAAAAAAAGGUGAUAAGACUUGGCAGAUUGGUUUUGGAUCAGGUUUUAAGUGUAAUAGCACAGUGUGGCAUGCUUUGCGUAACAUCUAUCCUAAUGAAGGGAGCAACCCUUGGAUGGAUGAGAUUGAUAAAUUUCCAGUCCACGUACCUCAAGUGUCGUCAAUAAUUAGGCCAACCAUGGGAUGAUAUGAUAACGAGAUAGAUAAUACUAGUAGGAUCUUUGUGGAAGGUGUAUAUUGCAAUAAAUUGUUGUACUUCAUUCUAUGUUAUAGUAUUUUGUAUACAUGUUUGAUUUUUUUUGGUUCU